CCCCCGCGCGCCGCGCCCCGCGCCCCCCGGCCCGCAGUCCCGCUGGGCCGCCGCAGAGAUGACCGACCCCUUCUGUGCUGGAGGCCGCCGGCUCAUGGGGAGCAGCAGGGGUGGGCCUGGGAAGGACGGAGGCCGAAGCGAGGUCCGCCUCCCCGUGCUCCACAGCCCCCCAAAGCUCGGGUUGCCGGUGGUCCGAGGUGGGCAGCCUGUGUCCAGCCAGGCCCCACUCUGCUUUGACCCGGGGAGCCCAGCCAGCGACAGGACAGAAGGGAAGAAAAAGGGGCGGCCGAAAGCCGAGAACCAGGCACUACGAGACAUUCCUCUCUCUCUAAUGAACCAGUGGAAGGACGAGUUCAAGGCCCACUCGAGGGUGAAGUGUCCAAACUCGGGGUGCUGGCUGGAGUUCCCCAGCAUCUAUGGACUCAAGUACCACUACCAGCGGUGCCAAGGGGGUGCCAUCUCGGAAAGGCUGACCUUCCCCUGCUCCUUCUGUGAGGCCGCGUUCACCUCCAAAACCCAGCUGGAGAAGCACCGGCUAUGGAACCACAUGGACCGGCCCCUGCCCGCCCCCAAGCCUGGGCCCGUCAGCCGGCCGGUGGCCAUCUCCCGCCCCGUGGGGGUCAGCAAGCCCAUCGGAGUGAGCAAACCCGUCACCAUUGGCAAGCCUGUGGGGGUCAGCAAGCCCAUCGGUAUCAGCAAGCCAGUGACAAUCAGCAGGCCGGUGCCGAUCACCAAGCCCGUGCCGGUCACGAAGGCCUCGCUGGUCACCAAGCCCGUGCCGGUCAGCAGGCCCGUGCCGGUCACCAAGCCCCUGCCGGUCAGCAAACUGGUGCCAGUCAGCAAGCCAGUGCCCAUCACAAAACUUGUGACAGUUACGAAGCCCGUGACGGUCAGCAAGCCGGUGACGGUCAGCAGGCCCAUCGCGGUCAGCAAGCCGGUAACGGUCAGCAGGCCCAUCGCCAUCAGCAGACCCACGGCACCCUGCAAAAUGGUGCUGCUGACCAAGUCUGAGAACAAAAUACCUCGUGCCGUGGGGAGGAGCAGUGGUAAGAAAAGGGCCGCCAAUGCCCUGGACCCCUGCCCCGUCCCACCCAAGCAGGCGAGGACUGAGCACGGGGCGCACGGCUCGGCCACCGUGGGCCAGAGCUCUGGUGUCCAGCUGAGCGCGGACCCCGUGGGCAGCGCCCUCUCGCCGGGCAGCAGGACCUCGGGAAGCCGGGAGGCGCCACGGGCUGCAGGCCCCGUGUCGCCGCCCGAGGAGGACCCCGAACGCACAAAGCACAGAAGGAAACAAAAAACACCCAAGAAGUUCACAGGGGAGCAGCCGUCCAUUUCAGGGACCUUUGGACUCAAAGGCCUGGCCAAGGCAGAGGACAAAGCGCGUGCCCACCGGGCCAAGAAGCUGGAGGCAGUGGGUGCCGAAGACGUCCGAAAGAAGCUGCCGCCCACCACCAGCGUCGCCGGCAAGGAGGGGCCGGCCCCUGCGGCCCACCCGGCCCCAGGUGGGGGCAGGUCUCACCGUGUGUCAGGGUGGAGCGCAGGGCCGGGGGCCCGGCUGGACCCGGGCUCUGCGCUCGCUGUCCCUGAGGCCCCGGCCCGCCCCGCAGGUGGUCCCGAGGAGCAGUGGCAGCGGGCCCUGCAUGAGCGGGGGGAGGCCGUGUGUCCCACCUGCAACGUGGUCACCCGGAAGACCCUCGUGGGGCUCAAGAAGCACAUGGAGGUGUGCCAGAAGCUGCAGGACGCGCUCAAGUGCCAGCACUGCCGGAAGCAGUUCAAGUCCAAGGCCGGCCUCAACUACCACACCAUGGCCGAGCACAGCGCCAAGCCCUCUGACGCCGAGGCCUCGGAGGGUGGCGAGCAGGAGGAGCGGGAGCGGCUGCGCAAGGUGCUGAAGCAGAUGGGGCGGCUGCGCUGCCCUCAGGAGGGCUGCGGGGCCGCCUUUUCCAGCCUCAUGGGCUACCAGUACCACCAGCGGCGCUGUGGGAAGCCACCCUGUGAGCUGGACAGCCCGUCCUUUCCCUGCGCCCACUGCGGCAAGACCUACCGCUCCAAGGCCGGCCACGACUACCACGUGCGCUCGGAGCACACGGCCCCGCCCCCCGAGGAGCCCGCAGACAAGCCCCCCAAGGCCGAGGACCUGCUGGGUGUGGAACGGACCCCGAGCGGCCGCAUCCGCCGGACGUCGGCCCAGGUUGCCGUGUUCCACCUGCAGGAAAUCGCAGAGGAUGAGCUGGCCCGAGACUGGACCAAGCGGCGGAUGAAGGACGACCUUGUGCCCGAGACGGCGCGGCUCAACUACACUCGGCCGGGUCUCCCCACCCUGAACCCUGAGCUGCUGGAGGCGUGGAAGAACCAGGUCAAGGAGAAAGGCCACGUCAACUGCCCCAACGACUGCUGUGAAGCCAUCUACUCCAGCGUGUCCGGCCUGAAGGCCCACCUCGCCAGCUGCAGCAAGGGCGACCACCUGGCAGGGAAGUACCGCUGCCUGCUGUGCCCCAAGGAGUUCAGCUCUGAAAGCGGAGUCAAGUACCACAUCCUCAAGACACAUGCAGAGAACUGGUUCCGCACCUCAGCAGACCCCCCACCCAAACACAGGAGCCAGGACCCGCUGGCCCCUGGGAAGGGGAAGAGGAGGAGCCCGGGGGCCGGGAAGAAGCGCGGCCGCAAGCCCAAGGAGCGGCCUCCCGAGGAGCCUGAGCCCACGCUGCCCCCCAGGCGGGACGAUUGGCCCUUGGCAGGCAGAGACAAAGGGGGCCGGGGGGCCGCGGGUCGGAAGGUGGGGGCCAGCAAGGGGCCUGAGAAGUGAGCAGGGGCCUGGGUCCAGGUGGAGGUGGUCUCCUGCUGCAGAGCUCUCGUGCUCCCCUGCCUGCUCCUCCAUCAGGUCACGGGCGACCUGCCUGCAGGGCUUGCUGGGGGCAGAGCUGGAGGCCACAGCCUGGCCUGAGACGUGCAAUAGUCUGGAGGGACGGCUUCCCUCCGGAACGUCGCCCGGCCUGGCGGGGGCGGGGGCUGUGGGCAGGAGGGGGCUGCUCCCCGGGCCUCAGUGCCCGGGUGGGGUGCUGAGCGGAGCGGGGGCCAUCUUGGCCCUUGCUGCCCACGCCUCUGAUGUCCCAGGCCUCUGCGGGGUCCGCACCCCGACUCCUGAGGAUGGACACCCUCCAGCCCCACAAGGCUUGGGGCCCCAGAUGACCCAUGGUUCUGGGCUGACGAGGGCAUUGGAGCAGCGCUGGCCUCACCAUCUGGACCUCACAUCCACCCAACACUGGAACCCCAGCACCCCCAGCUACCUCCCGGGACAGACCCACUUCUGACCACUGUGCCCUCCCUGGCUGCCCCUCCGCCCUCCUGCCGGUGGUCCCUCCAGCUCUGCUCGCUCUACCUCUCCAUCCCGCCUCCCCUGUGCCUGCGUCCACUGCUCCACCGGCCCCUGUCCGUCAGGCGGCAGAGGCAGCCCCUCCAGCGGAGGGCUCCCCCAGCCUUCCCAAAGGUGCUCCCCGCCUGGGGCAAGGGCAGGCCUUCCGCACGCUGGUGCGCAGCUGAGGGGUGAGGGCCACACCUGCCUCCAGCCUCCAGCUCUGCUGACGCCACUGGCCAGGUCAGGGCCAGCCGGCAGGGUGGGGACAGGCCCGUCUGGCCCUGGGGUCUGCCUGGGGCUGGGAGGGGUGUGGGGCUCUCAGGCAAGUGGGGCAGAAGGGCCCUGAGGACCUGCCUCUGCGGGAAGGCGCUCUCCCGCCUGCCGACCUGGUUGGGCCUGGGGACCGAGCUCCCGGGGGCUCUGCCCCCUGCCCCCACCUCUUUCUUUCUGGUUGUGGGGUCAUUUGAUACAGGAGUGAAGGGCAGCAAGGGGAGGGGGCUUGGCCAGGGUCCCCACGAGCUGGGCUCUGACGAUGGCUGUGUCCUCAGAUCGGGCAGAGGUCAGGCAGGAGUCCAGGGGCCCUCGGAGGAGGUGGCCUUGCAGGCCCCCACUGUGCUCCCUGGCCCCUGCCUUCCAGCCACGCCGUGGGAGGAGGAGGAGAGCAGUCCGAGGGGCCAGGUGUCCACAGAGGCCCCUUUCCGCUUGGGGUGGGGGCAGGCUGAGGGCUUGGGCUUGCUGACCCUGGACGAUGUGAAUUUUGAUAUUUGCCCGCGUGCGUGUCUUCUGGGUGUAGUGGAUGCCAGUCUUGUUGCUGUGACAAGUAACAACUUUUUUUUUUUUAUUCUGUUUUUUUAUAUGAAAACUCACAACAAUCUGACAUUUUGGUGCUAAGGGUUUCCCGGUGCCGACCGAGGGGCUGGGCCGGGCCAGGGGUUGCUCUGCUCUGUGGGCUGCCUGCCAAGGGCCCCACUCCUUGGCUCCUGUCCCCAUCCUGCCCCCUGGAGAAGACGCUCUAAGCCGGGCUUGGCUCUCCUUGCCCUGAGUAGGAAAGCCAGCUCCAGGGGGUCUUGGGGUUGAGGUCACCUGCUUGCUUCCUGGCUCUGGCUUUUUCCUUUGUUCAGAAAGCCUUAGCCUUUGGCAGCCCUGGCCUGAGGGGCCAGGUGGGGAGAAGCAGCAGAUACCCCUCCACACCCCCACACCCCCGAUCUGAUCAAAGAGUGGUGUGGAUGGGGGUGGGUGGUGUCCAGUGUCAUCGGGGCUCAGGGUGUGUGUGAGGGGGAAGCAUGGAUGGGGCUUUGGGGAUGGGAAUUUCUUGUAUUCCUGAACGUCCUUACGGUGUGCAGCGGGUGGAGGUGGGGGGGCCAGGCAGCCACUGUGAGAGAAGGGGCUGGAGUUUCCAGGUGGUCUCAUCUGUCCUUAUUGCAGCGGUAGGAAGAGGGCUCACCUCAUCUCUGCUGGGGGAGGCAGCUCACCCCCUCUCAGGUACUUGGCCCUUGGGGGGAGGAGGGAGCAGUCUGGUCUUGGCUGGGAGGUGAGUUUCUAGGACACCCCAAAGAUCACAGGUGGUCUGUAGUAUGGGAACCCCAUCUAGGUGUGCUGGGAAGAGGUGGGGUGCUGGGUAACUUGAUGUUAAGCACUUUAACCCCCUCCUUUGUCUUUCAAGUGGGGGUAGGGCUGCUGUUAAUUGUGGCUUUGGGGUCAGACCCUUUUCCCUCCCUUCCUUCACCUCUCCGUCCCUUCCUCCACCCCUCUGAAGGCCUUGCUGGGAGAGCUCUGGCUGGUGAGGGGCAGCAGCCUGCAGACCCCUCUGAUGAGUAGGCUCUGGGUGGAGCUCAAGGGACCUGCCCCCUCCUACCCUGGCCCAUUUGCAGCUUCUCCCCUGCUAGCUAUGGUCAGGGGACUGCCAGCCCCCACAGCCAUCCUCAGUGGGAGGGACCAGCACGACCCCUGGGGCGUGGUGGGCAUGGACCCUGCCUGGAGGCCCAGAUCCUGGGCACGAUGCUACAGUUGGGUCCCUUUCUGCAGAUCUACCUCUGACCCACCCCAUCCCUCUGAGAACAAGAAAGAGCCCACUGCCUGCACACAGAAUGUGGGGCUGACUCAAGGGACUGACACUUCACACAGAACAGGAUGCACUUUAUUCUCAUGCAAAGGCAGAUGAGGGUGCCUCCUGGUGUGACUUCUGGCCCUUCCCACCUAGCCUUCCUCCUGUCCCUCAACCUGGAAAGUAAACCGUGAUUUAGACAGAAAAGAGCAAGUGCCCCUGGCUCCGUGGAGGGGUGGGCCACCCCUGUGUGCCCCCGCUCAGCCCCAGGUGUUCGGCACUGGAGGCGCGAGGUUCAGGGGAGCAGCCGGUCACCUCUCCGGCCUGGUGGCCACGUACCUUAUACUUUGGGUUUCUUGGCUUGGAAUUUUUAAUGCCAGUUCUCAGUACAUAAGUGCAUUUUGAAAGAGGUUCCAGCUAUCACUUGUAACCAUAUAUAUACAUAUAUAUUCUAUCUACAAAGUGUUUAUUUGCAAGAUGUCUUGACGGUGAGCUUGGGCGCCGCCCGCCUCGUGACCGUCUGUCCCGCGUCCUUGUCCCUGCCCUGCCCCCAGUGCUGCGGCGGCGCGGGGCGGGACACCUGUAUGUAUUAAGAAUGACUGUAUCAAAUAAACGUUUAUGGAUUUUUUUUCCA